AUGGAUUUAGUACCAUCAAACUCAACAUCAUCGACCUCGACUGCUCUUUCAAAACGCGCAAAUGAAAGUGCUUUAAUGCCACCGCCCCCAAAACGCAUCAAACGACCCAAGAAUGUUAUCGACGAAGAUGCAUACACUGAUGCCAUUUCAGAGAUCAUUGCUCGGGAUUUCUUUCCGGGACUACUCGAAACAGAAACGAAACAAGAAUAUUUAGAUGCGCUCGACUCAAAGGAUGGAGCCUGGAUCACAAGUGCCGAACGUAGGCUUCGACAUGUUAUGACUCCGGGGAGACGUAUUGGAAGGCGUGGCACAUCUAUUCAGACACCAUCUCGAGCUUCCGAAACACCUGGAGCAUUCAUUCAAGAUACCCCAAUGUCGAUUGCUUCCGACGCAACUCAGACCCCCAAAGUUGAAAUAGAUACAAACAUGAGCCUCACCAAAUUUCAAUCGUUAUACACCAGUGAGGACAACGAAAGCUUUUAUAAAUUGCUGGACAAACAAAAUCAGAAACGAGCGGAAAAGUAUGCUUGGAUGUGGACCGGAAACAAAGUUGCAUCAAACAUGAUGCUAAAGCAGAAGGAGGUCGAAACGAAGCUUCUGCAGUCAAGAGAAUCGCUGGAUGAUGAUGGCGGGAAAAGAAAAAUACUUGCAAUUCGAGAUGUAACGGAAAGGCCAGCCCAGCCCGAUUCCUGGAAGUCUAAGCCAGAUAAUGGAUUGAUGUUUCGACUCGACAGUGUGGAAGAUUCUGUUGAAACCGUGGCACAGAAAGUACAAAACGAGUCAAGAGCUACUCCAAAAGGUGUCACCUAUGCUAAUACAAGGAUGCCCGCUCCUGUACUUCAAGAGGAAACCAAUAUACCCUCAUCUCCGUCCAUAUCUGCUGUAAGAGAUGCCAUAGCUGGAACUCGUCGGGUCGCGGAUUCAGAAUCUGGAUUCAAUGGAAGCGAAACUCCACGUGUAAACGGAUAUGCAUUCGUGGACGAUGAACCGGAGAACGAACUAUAUACGCCCUCUUCGAUUAUCGAUCUUGGUCCAGGCGAAACUGCCAAAAACCCAUUCAUAAUAAAAGAACAAAGCAGGCGGGAGGAUCUACAUCAUAGGAUUGUUGAUAAGACUGCCAGAAGUAAACGUACAUCUGUGAAGAAUGGCAUGACUGGCAAGGUUGAGAUGACCCCUGUGCCCAAAUUUCCCAGCAGCCCUAGAGUGGGUUCGGGUGGUCUAACACCAGCAGCUGAACGCUUGUGGAGUCGUGUUGGCGGUUCAGGCAAGGGGACUAACGAUACCUUCGGUAUCAGGACACCAGGGACCGUGAAAGUAAAAUCUAAUCUACGGGCUAGAUGGACUCCUUCGGGGACAAGUUGA